GUAAAAGCCAAUAUGGCCACUGCACGCGUUUGAUUUCUACUCCCUACCGGUAUUUAAAUUGUUCCACAACAAUUCAUUUUACAUUAAAAACGGCCCGAAUUUAUGAUAAAGUGACGAAAUAUUUAUUAAAAUGGCAGUGGAUUUAAACGACUUGUACGUGCGAUACGACAAAUUAGGCGCGGCCAAAGACUCCACACAGGUAACUGACGAUUUUGCGGCUUGUAUAGAAGGCACGAAAGGCGGAGAGAAGGAAAAACUGCUUGCUGCACAAAUUAUUUCACAGUUCUUCAAAAAUUUUCCCUCCCUGCAAGAACAAGCCCUCAAUGCCCUUUUGGAUUUGUGCGAAGAUGAUACCAUACAGAUAAGAACUUACGCCAUGAGAGUGCUGCCGAAGCUAUGUAAAGACACCAAAGAGCAUGUAUUUAAAAUAGCCGACAUUCUGGCGCAGCUACUGCAGCUGGAAGAUCAAGAUUACGCCGUAGCAUGUAACGGUUUGACGCAAGUGUACAGGCUCGAGCCUAUCACCGUAGUAAAGGCCAUAUUCAACCACAUUCACGCGACCACAGAGGACUCUUUGAGGGAGAAGUGCAUAGCGUUUCUGUUUGAAAAGUUGAUCAAGGUGCCGCAGGACAAACCCAACGCCGAGCUGGACGACAUCAUGAUCGAGGAGGCCAAAAAGGCCAUACAGGAUUCCAGCGCCACGGAGUUCGCCGUGAUCCUCCCCUACUUGAAGUCCAGCAAGCUGGGCAGGACGAUCGUCGGGCAGCAGGAAAUCGUGAAUUUGGUGGCGGAAAGGGCCGAAAUCGACAGGGACUUUGACCCGUUGGACGAGGAGAACAACGACACGGACCGCAUUUUGAUGUGCGUCGACUACGUUCUGCCCCUGUUCAACGCCAACGUGCACUCGGAUAAGUUUCUGGUCUAUUAUUGCGACCAAAUAUUGCCGCAGUGGGCCAAUAUCGGAACCAUCAAGGACGGAGAAAAAGCGAAGAUAAAAUUAUUGCAACAGUUAUCGGAACUGAGUGUGCAUUGCGGAAAGCUGGAGAAUCCCUCGCUGCAUGUUGUCCAGAUCUUCGAUAAAUUAAAGGACUACAUGCCGUCUCCCCCGGAAAACGCGGACAUGGCGGAAAUGCCCAACCUGGACUUUUCCACCGUGGAAUGUCUUUUGUUUGCCUUCCACAGAUUGGCCAGACAAUGCCCCGACUUCCUGACGUCGGAUCAAAACGUUCUGAAAGAUUUUAGGGCGAGAUUAACGUAUUUUUCCAGAGGCGUGCAGGGUUGCCGGAAAUCGCUGGAUUCGGUGCUCAGUUCGAAGGUCAACUUGAACAAAGAGAGCUCGGAUAAAGCGAAAAUAGCGCCGUCCGUGUUGAGUAAUAUCAACACCCUGAUAAGGGACUUGUUUUACUCGCCCCCGGUCUACAAAUGCAACGUAGCGUUGUCCUUUAAGAAUGAGAUUGAGAAGAAAGCUAAGGUUACGGUAGCUACUUCCCCUUCCAGUGGGGUAGCAAAACGCCACAUUCCCAUUACUUUCGACGCUAGUAAUGGAAAUGGCACUAAUACUAAACACGUGAGACCUAAUAGGAGUGGAGAAACCAUGAAAAUGUAUCAGCCACCUAGCGGGAAGUUCAGCAACAACUUCCAAAGUUAUGAUCGGUCAAGUGGAGGAAGAGGACGAGGUAAUAGAGGUUCAAGAGGAAUGUCGCGUGGAAGAGGUCGAGGUGCAUGGCGAAAAUAGUUUUUAACCGCAGAAGUAUGAUUUUAAAUUUGGAUGUUUUUAUAAGUAUGAUUUAAUGCAUCAACAGUUUUCUUGUGUAUCCCAUAAUGUUGGAUUUUUUUACAAAAUAAACAAUA